AUGGCGUGCGCUGACUGCACCGCAGUGGUGUGGGGAUUGCUACAAGCUAUCGUGUCUGCGAUGGAAGGUUCAUCCAAGUUUGCCACUAAAUCCGGAUUGGUUGAAUGUGCCGUCGAGGGUAACUCACUCCCUGCAGUGGCGUGGUACGGUCCAAACGGUACCGCUGUUACAAAUCACUCGAGCACUGGCCAGAUAUCGCUGGAAGAUACCAUUACUGGAGCAAGGGUUGUUGGAUACAUUGUCAAGAGUCGUCUGACCAUCGAUCAGGGCCAGAUAGGCAACGGCUAUGGGAUGUACAGGUUCAGCGCUACCAACAGCAUGGGGACGUUUAACGGCCAUCAAAUACAGCUGACUAAAACAGAGGAAAUAUACUUGGUGACACCUUCUCCCUACCCCGUAGACUCCAGCGGUCUGUUUCAGGACGUCAGCGCACGGGUGGUGCUGGCAGCAACCAUCGGAGGUGCCCUGGUGCUAACGCUGGUGGCUGUCUGCUGCUGCUGGCAUCGGCUCGGCUGCGCUAAACGUAAUGUGCGAGGAGAGUCGAGACCAACUUCGACUGAACCGAGCUUAGACGACAGUUUCGAUAAUGACGCCCCACCAUCUUAUGAAGAAGUUAUAGAAAUGGAUUCCGACAUUGGCGACAUGGAUGAUUUCCCUCCAGAGUACGAACUGCUUAGAGAGCCCCCAACGGCUGGCUUAUGUACAGACGAGAUACAAGAGGACGAACAUUGUGUCUAAAAUUCAUUUUUCUACCAACAGUACCAAACUGUAAAGGGGCCUUUCUUAAACAUAUUCGUGAAUUGUGUGCAGUUACUAGAGGCUACGUUAAACUCAAAAGGCCUAUAGACUGUCCUUGAAAAGCACAUUUUUUAAUAUUUUAUAUAUUCGCAGAUUGCGCGAAUAGCUUUAGAUUCCGCAUUUAUUAUUAAAGGUGUUCACAAUGAGGUUUGCUUUCAAAUGCACUUACUUUGAUAUAAAGUGGUUUUUUUUUUGCUUGGUUGUUUGUUUAGGUGACAUCACUUCAGUCCAAGCCGCUUUGUUAUUGAUGUAUAUGUCUACAGCGUAACCUUCACAUAUUUAAUUUAUGUUCUUUUUGUUUUUAUUUUAAAAUCUUAGCACUAAUUUUCAACGUGUACAAAAUUAUCCAUGGACAUGUACAUAAUCUGUAUAUUUGACAAACGAUGUACUGUAAUAUGUACCAUUAUCUUUUGAUACUCAGAUUUCUUGACUACUCUGACUAAUGGAUUCAAGAUGAUAGUGCUCAAGUUAAAAUGUCAAAAUCCUGCAACAUGAGAUAUAAAGGACGCCGCGUAGAAUCAAUAAUGAUAAGUGACAGCUACACAUUAAACGCAAAAGAAUAUGCA